UUUGCAGUCUUCCAAACGUUACAAAUCGUUUUUCCUGCAACAGUGAUAUCGGCAAAUGAACCUAUUGCAUUGGUGGUAGUUUUUUCAGGACUCAAACACCUAUCUAAGUCGCCAUCUUCUCAAAUUGUACGGAGAUUUACAUCACCAAUUUGCUCGAUUUGGAACUUUUUGAGUGUUGAAGUGUACAACAACACAGAGAACACUUAAGAUGGUUGUGAUGACCACUUUUCCUCCGCCGACGGAGGGUUUGUAUCAUGUUCAAGAUAAGACGGAGGCUUUCAUUCACGCGAUUGUCCUGGUGUGAUCCAGCAUCUGGAAAGGGCUUCUCUUUAGAGUAUCCAUCAAUAUCCUUGCAUGCAAUAUCUAGGGAUACUUCGCAGUUUCCGCAGGAGUGUAUUUACUGCAUGAUGGACUCACCCCUGGAUGUGGAUCCCAUGUUCAAGGCAUUAUCAGACUGUCAGGUUCUCCAUCCCGACCCUGAAGAUGAGGAAGGGCAAGGUGAAGACGAAGAUUUCUUUUGUGAUGCAGAGGAAGGAGAACUCUCAGAAGAAGGACAGGCAACACUUGAAAGGCUGGAAGGCAUUCUGCAGAUGCCGAGUCAGGAAGAGUUUGUUCAGAUGACUUCCACCAGUAAUGGGCUCUACCUUAAUGGUCACAGUAAUGUGCCAGCUGAUGAUGAAAUGGAACCCAAUGCAGGAAAUGACGAGCAGUUUGAAGAUGCAGACAAGUAACAGGAUGCUUAUUAACAACGUUAUCACACUAUAACAUUGUUAAUGCGUUCCAAACAAGAAAGACUCUUCCAUGCCCAGCUGUGGUUUUUGCUUGGGCCAAGGGGAAAUUUGUGUACUUUACAAGGACUGAUGCAUUUUAUAGAAGGUUAUUGAAGUUCUAAGAACAUGAUAUUGUUAUAUAUUUAUAUAUGAAUAGGAAAAACAAUGACUUGUAAACUAUCCUCAAGAUAUAAUCAGUGAGAGAAAAAGAAUCUUAGAUGAUGGCCUUGCUAAGUUGGAGUUGAGCUCACUGCAUGUACAACUAUGAAAGUUUGUUUCACUUUCGUUGCUUGUUUAAUGCUUAGAAAUUAUUAACAAGUAACUUCUCCCUUAAUAUCCAAACAAUAUCCAGUAAACAUGUAGAGAAUGCUCAAAUUUAUCAAGUAGAAGUAAUCUUGAUCUAACACCAAAUUCUCAUAACUUAUUUACAAGGAAAGAAGUAGCAACUGGAGGGGAGGAUUAACAAUCAGAUCUUGAAAGUUAAAGGUUUAAUCACUUAUUGCACAAUAUUAUUCACUUUGUGAUUUGCAUACCAUUAUUUUAUUGUUGCAACUUGUCAUUGGAUGUUUUGAAAGAAAGCUGAUGAUUUUUACAAAUAAAAGAAAUAUGUUUGCAUGA